AUUACAGCAGCGUGUAUGUUGACCAGUCUAUCGCAUUCUCUGUAUGUCCAUUCACGUCCAAAACACACAUUUUUUAUCGAAAAAAAAAACACGCAUAUCAACAUCAAGGUGACUUUGUUCCUCGUGCGCGAAGGACUGAUGUAUAAGUGACAUAGAAGACUCGAAUUUAUAGUGUUUCCGGUUCCAAAGUUAUCGCGAGACCCAAAAAACUGUCAAAAUUGGCGUCGAAUCUGGAUUUAAAAAGUGACACCGUCAGGAGGUGGGUAGAGUCCACCCCAUCUCCCACGCCGCUGGAUUCCACCCCCAAGAAGCUAAACAACAACAACAACACCAUAGACUUCUGUCAAACGUCGACGACGUUUUGGAAGAACCAUCUCCAACCGCACCACCAAGACAUGCCAAUGUUGCUGCACCAACCCCCCAGUCACAUGCUGCUGGCGGGUCACGAAACAGACCAACCUCUGGACUUUACCAUGUCGAAAUUUAAAACGAAGAACGCAACUGUGGCUUCACAGAUCAAGCAGUUUAAUAGUAGCGUGCAGCAGAUGUUUUUGCAGAGUAACGGGUUGUAUUUUAAUAGGAGUAAUAAUAACAAGAGCUUUACGAGGGGCAGUUCUCCAGCUUCGAGUAGUAGCGAAGAGGAGGGGGUGGGACCCCCGAUGGGGAGUCCGAGGUGCAGUCCAGGGGUGAGGCUGAUGAAGGAGGAAGAUACCUUAGUGACCUCAACACCAAACACUCCUACCGAAAAGCAAUAUGGAAAACUGUGGUUGAGUGAGACUGACACUCCAUGGAGACCCGAUGUACAAGCGCCAUCUGUUGACGAGUCGAAGGCAGCCUUGCAGAGUAGAUUAGCACUUUCUCCAACUGAACCAAAGCAUUUACUUACUAAGAUAGAUAAGCCCCCAACACCGUUAUCCCAUGAUGAUGGCGAUCAUCAAGAUUUUAGUGGAGACGAUCACAGUAUCAAUAGUGACAACAAUCCAGAGAUUCACGAUGAGAACUCUCUCGAUUCAGAAAAGGAUGGAGCUCUUAACUUGGUUACGGGCCAUCCUGAACAACCUCGAAUACCCUCACCAUCCCAACUCAAUAACUCAAAUUCGGGGGUGAAUUCAGCCUUGGCAGCCUUGGGUGGAUUAGGCAGCAUUUUUGGCAACCCCCUUCAAAUGUUGAGUAGCUUGCAAGCGUUUCAGAACCCCCAAAGUCUACAAUUGGCAAUGCUUCAGCAAGCCAGCGGGCAACCUUUAAAUCCACAAGCACAAUUCUUUUUACAGAAUCAGGUCCAUCAAAUAGCACAAGCUGCUCAACAACUUCAGCAACUCCAAAAAGCCCAACAACAGCAACAACAAAGCCACCAUCAGCAAUCAUCUCCCCACCAACAACAUUCUCCUCACCAGCUCAAUACUUCCAUUCCUCCCAACACACAACUCUCGCAGGGCAUGGGCCAAAAUCAAACAACACCUCCAAAUAACGGGCACAACAUUCCCGCCAGUUUACUCACUCCCAGCACUCCGAGUUCCGGAGGACUGACACCGCAACAUCUGAAGACACCAUCUAGGCUGAUGGAGCCCAGUCCUGAAGAAACAACAGAUUUGGAGGAGUUGGAACAGUUUGCGAAGACUUUUAAGCAGAGGAGGAUAAAAUUAGGUUUCACUCAAGGAGACGUUGGACUGGCGAUGGGCAAACUCUACGGCAACGACUUCUCCCAAACAACAAUCUCCAGGUUCGAGGCCCUCAACCUCAGCUUCAAAAACAUGUGCAAGCUGAAACCCCUCCUCCAAAAAUGGCUCGAAGACGCUGACAGUACCUUAACAAACCCCGGAGCCCUGAGCAAUCCUCUGACAACACCCGAAACCAUUGGCAGAAGAAGAAAGAAGCGCACUUCUAUAGAAACCAGCGUGAGGGUAGCCCUCGAAAAGGCUUUCCUUCAAAACCCCAAACCGACAUCCGAAGAAAUAUCGAUGUUGGCAGAUAGCUUAUGCAUGGAAAAGGAAGUUGUAAGAGUUUGGUUUUGUAACAGGAGACAAAAAGAAAAGAGGAUUAACCCACCCCCGGCAGCUAUGGGCUCUCCUUGUUCGAUAGGAAACGGUACGACUCCAAUAUACGCCCUAGCGAAUAACUUAGCUAGUAGUCCCUUGUCUCUGGUGACCUCGAGCCAUCAGAGCUUCAAUCCGAACGUGAUGGUAAAGCAGGAAUGACCCCACGUUAAUUUUUUCGCUGAUCAUUUUAUGGAUUAGUGGUCUAGGAAGGUGUUUUAUCCAAAGAUAUAGACAGAUACGUUGGAAUAGUCGAGAUAUUUAUCAGUGCAAUGAUCGUAGAAGCAGGAAGCAGUGUUUUGUGCUCACUCAAAAAAAAAACGAUUUUUUUUUGAGGUUACGUAACGAAUAGUCUUCCGUGAAGUUGAUGAAGAGUUCCUUCACAAGACACAUGCGCGUCUUUAUAAAACUACAACGCCAUUCUUUAUCGCAGUAUUCUCAAGUUUCGUUAACGUCAUUUUAAAUUAUUUUGUUUAAUAAUUGAUGAAUAUUCUAAAUAUAGGUAACUGUCGACUAGCGUCUACAUUGACGUUUUGCACAUGAUCUAAAUAUUAUCUGAGAAGUGUAGUAUUUAUAAUAAAAUAUUGAAGAUGGAGAACUUUUUGGUCAAAUUUAAAGUAUUAUAUUUUUGUUAUUUUUAGCCCUAUUUUCAUGAAUUUUUUAGUAA